AUGAAAACAUUGGUUACAACAAACAACGCUCAAUCUGUUAAUAACGACGGUUUGACUAAACAACAAUUAGAUCUCAUACAUCAAAUAAUGCAACAAACGCAACAAGGUCAAACGACUCCUUUGCAAAAACAACAAAAAACGGGGAAUAACAACGUGGCAUCAGCAACCGUAAAUAAUAAUAAUUCUACAAACACGACGUCCAAAGUUGUCACGACGGCUCCCGGAAAAACAAAAGCUUGGGCACUUCAGUUACGUACGUACGCUUACGCGCACACGCCCACGGAAUUAGAUAAGGAAAAUAAGGAAGGAAGGAAGGAAAAUACGGGAGAAAGGGAAAUUCGGGAAAGGAAAGGAGAACGAAUUUUGUCGAUAAAAGUUUUUAGAGUCAAAAUUUUUUUGCCUACGGAAGUGAGUCAAGUUAUAAAAACGAAUAUAUCGGAUUCGCGAUGA